ACAACAGACCAGCAUUUAAGGCGAAAGAAUUCACGUCAGAUUCAGAUCUGUUUGGUUUUAACUCAACUUGCUGAGAGGAUGAAGUGUGUUAUGAUCUUCCUCGUGCUUUCUCUGGUCGUCCUGAUGGCCGAACCUGGAGAGGGAUUAAUACGCUCUAUUUGGAAAGCGGGCAAGUCCAUGUUUAAAGGAGCCAGACAAGGAUUCAGAGAGUACAGACAGCAGCGGAGAUUGGAGAAAGCAGAAAGAUAUAGACAGAAAUAUCAGAACGAGCCAGAAGACGAACCCGGACGCCGUCGCUACACCUGAAGAUUCGCCAGACGUCAGAAUACGAUAAUUGGAUCUCAAGACGGAACAUUUAGCUUUUCCGCUUUUACUAUUAUAAAGAAAAAUAAAGAGUGAAUAGACAAAAAUGUCAAAAA